AUGAAGCUCUCUUUAGUGUUCGAGCUUCUUCUGAUAUUCGUCCUGUUGGCUUUCGCUGCCUCCAAAAACAUAAAUCGUCGUCACAAUAAAAAAGGAAUCCAAAAACAAAAUGAUAGCAUUAAAAUAGAGGAUAAUAGCAUAAAUAAAUAUUGCAAAUGUUCGGAAGCGUAUUGCAAUUGUUGCCGAGAUUUUGCUGUCCCUCUAGUAAAUCUGAACGGCCCAGGAUGUGCUUCACUUAUGUAUCUAAAUGGAGAUAAAAUGUCAGUUUCUCUGAGCUUUGGAAAGAAAGUUAUUACUAAUCGGACGCUGUCAGGUCGCAAACCCAGUCCUGUUUGCAUGCCUCUUCCUGGAGGUAUUUCAAAAUUCUGCGGACGAGUCUAUAACAUUGCGAGAACCGGAGAAGAGUUUAGAGCCUGUCUUGGCUUGGAAUUACAAGCCAAAAGUACUGUUGAAGCAGCUGUAAGAGUAUCGUGCUUUAAAUUUGGUCCAAGGGGUGUCACCAGUGAGCCAGCAGAUGCUCUACCCCUAGUGCCUCAGGAUGAAAAAGUUUCUGAGGAUGAUGAUGACGAUGAUGAUGAUGACGACGAUGAUGAUGCAUUCGCCAUCGACGCUGACGACGACGACGAUGAUGACGAGGAUGAAGACGAUGAUGAUGAUGAUGACGGUGAUCUCGAUGCUGUAAAUGAUGUAGAUGGUGCUGACUAUACCGGCUUCAGCCUUUUAGGAGAAGAUUUAUUGGGAGGCUUGUUUGGUUCAAGUGGAGGGAAAAAAACAAAUAAAAAUAAAAAUAAACAAGCACCAUUACCAUCUUCAUCAACGACUCGACGACCACGACCAUCUCGUAGACCCGUAAGAAGGCCUGCGACGAGGGUCACUACUCAACGACCAUUUGCUACUAGAACAACAACAGUGAAAGUACGCCCUAUUACUCGGAGACCCACCCGUAGACCACAGAGAAGAACAACUACAAAACCAACAGUUGCAUCCUCUGUUGUCACCGAAGACAUCUCAACCAUUUCCACAAUAUCAACCACUGUAGCACCAAUAGUUUCCUUAAGUACAGAAGCUAUUUCCUCCAACAAAGAAAGUGCAGAAAACAUGGAGUCUUACCAGUCUCAUCGAGUGAAACCAAUAACUGAAGCAACAACAUUCAAACCACCAACAACUUUUGAAGACUCUGGACUAGAAAUGUCUUUAGCCCAUAUAACUGGUCAACUAUCACAGAUGCCAGUAACACAAUUGAUACCAACGAAAAUGGAUGAAUCAACCAAAGUCCAAAAGCCAGAGGAAAUAAACUAUGAAAAGAUUGAAACGAUAACUUCCAAACCUCAUUCAUUGAUACCUCUUGCAACUACUGUAGUUGACGAUGAUAAUGAAGAAAUGGUACAGAUCGUACAAAGCUUGGACUCUCAUUCCGAAGAACAUGCUGCUGAUAGUGGAAAUGUAGCAGAUGAAACUAGAAAUCAUAAGAAUGUCGAUUUGCACCAUUAUGAAGGACUCACUUUACCAAAAAAGAAAAACAGAGGUCAAUUUAAUUUGAAUGACUUAGACGUUCUGGAUUUAACUAGUAUUGGAGAAAGCGUAGGCCAUCAAUUGGGAAUUUUCGGUAGACAUAAGAGGCAAAAUAAAAACAAAGUUGUUAAGCCUCAUGGUACCAGAGGUUUUAGUGAUUAUGAUGACUUAUUAUAUUUAGAAAACCUAGGCGAUUCUCUUGGCCUCCCCGAUAUCGAAGAUCUAAGUAGGAAAGAUAGAAGAAGACAAAACAAAAUGAUGCGUGGGUUGUGGUCUUAA